UCUCUGCUUUCAGCUUCACUCGUUAUUACAGAAACGGAGAAAGAUGCCAGAACCGUCCAAGCCAGCGCCCAAGAAGGGCUCCAAGAAAGCGGUGACCAAGAGCGCCGCAAAGGGCAGCAAGAAGAGGAGAACCAAGAGAAAGGAGAGCUACGCCAUCUACGUGUACAAGGUGCUGAAGCAGGUCCAUCCCGACACCGGCAUCUCGUCCAAGGCCAUGGGCAUCAUGAACUCGUUCGUCAGCGACAUCUUCGAGCGGAUCGCCGGCGAGGCCUCCCGCCUGGCUCACUACAACAAGCGCUCCACCAUCACCUCCAGGGAGAUCCAGACCGCUGUCAGGCUGCUGCUGCCCGGUGAGCUGGCCAAGCACGCCGUGUCCGAGGGCACCAAGGCCGUCACCAAGUACACCAGCUCCAAGUAAAGCUUCACUGCUUAACACCAACACAACGGCUCUUUUAAGAGCCACACACGUCAUCUGCAGAGCUGCUCAUCCACUGGAAACUGAUUGCUCUCAUCAUGUUUUCAUUGGGACAUUAACAGUAAACUUGCAGCUCAAAAUUUACUCAUACAUGGCAAAAAUAAAUCUGUAUCUGACUAUUCUGUUCACAAACAUUUGAUUAAACAGUCAACUGUCUGUUGCUGGAGUUUUCACAAUAUUAAAGUGUGACCUGCUGACCACAA